AGUGGUUGUGCACGAGUAGAGUCCCAGAAAAAGAGGUGUCAAACCGCGGUCUGGCAAUGCGGAGGGUGUAGGAACGCGGCGUACCGUGCGCUGUCAGUCCUAUCCAAAGUGACAGCACGCAAGCUCUCCACUACAUGUCAACAAGUUGACUUACAAAAUGUACUCACUUUCGCGGGAAAUUAGCGCGUUGUCAUGGAUACCUAGAUAACGUUGUCCAGUCUUUCGUUACAUUUGGAACGGAACAGGUUACAAUCCAACCACUGGAGCGAAUAUCAAAGAGGGGAGCUGUUAUGGAAGAGCAGCGGGAUCAGAGCGAAGAUGACAGCGUUUCUCUGUCACCGAGCCUGCCCUCUCCACCUCUGCUCCCGCUGCAGGCUGCGCACCAUACGCACAGAACCACCAACUUUUUCAUUGACAACAUCCUCAGACCGGACUUCGGCUGCAAAAGGGAGCGUUGUCCAGCUGUCCCCAGCACUCCUUGUCCGGAUUCCAGCUGCAGUACCGACAGUGUUUCAUCUUCUGCCUCGUCCACCGUUUCGUCUCCAGCCAGCAGAAGGCAUUCCAAGGCAGCCGAGGCCGAUAGAGGGAACGCAGCAAAAUCUGGGGUCGUCUCAGCGCCAUCCGUUGCUUUGAAUAGCCCAGGUGAAGCCCCCUCGCCCAGUAAGGGCACCCGAGAGCUUAUGUGGCCCGCCUGGGUUUAUUGCACGAGAUACUCUGAUCGACCUUCAUCUGGCCCAAGGACCCGGAAAUUGAAAAAGAAGAAAAACGACAGUGAGGAUAAACGACCCAGAAAAUUCUGUUCCAAACUUCCAAAAAUAUUGUUUAACAACACUCCAGUUUAG